UCAAGUAUUACCUCUUAUUUACAAAGUAGUAUAUAUUGCAGUAUGGUGAGUAGAAAGUUAUAUACCUGCAUUCACCAAGUAGUACGGCAGUGUACUGCGUAGGCUGUUGGAUCGAUAGGAUUCUAUCAGCAGUGCAAGAAAGGCAAUGCUUUUUGCUGGAAACUCAUUCGGGAGAAGAUUUCUACAGGCAUGCUUACAUGAGAGAAGAUUGCAGAGGCUAAGUUCGGUUUCUCUUCUAUCUUGUCCUGUACACACUGCUCAUGAAAAUACUUACAUGCCCAAGCCAUUCACUGAAGUAGUCGAGCCGACAAAAUUGCCUUUUAUCGGUUCCGCACUCGAUUAUACUUCCGCCAAAGGAUUUGAGCUAAAAUAUAUUCACGAAUUGUGGAAAAAAAGAUCUGCCGAAUGCGGAGAGCUAUAUAAAGAAAGAGCACCUGGUGGAGAAUACAUUGUGUACUGUUCGUCACCGCGUGAUUCAGAAGUGAUGUUUCGAUCAGAUGGAAGAACUCCGAUCCGCGAUGCGUUGUUGAACGUGAAGCACGCAAGAAAAAAGCUAGGAGUACCGUUAGGACUGAUGAAUCUUAGUGGAUUGGAGUGGUACAGGAUUCGUUCUGCUGUGAAUCCUCUAAUGCUUCAAAAUGAUUCUGUAUGGAAGUACAUGGGAAGCCAGUUCAGCGUUGCCAAUGAUUUAGUUGUUUAUAUGAAAGAAAACUUAAAUCGUGAUUUUGAAGUUCCCGACUUCAACAAAGUUCUAGUGCGGUGGGCAUUUGAAAUGACUGGCGUUUUCGUGUUUGACACUCGUCUUGGGCUCUUAUCAGAUAAGGUUGAUUUUACCGCUAAGGAAAUUAUUAGGAGCAGUUUGAAGAUGUUUCAAAUAGUCGGGGAAACUAUGUACGGUUUGCAACUGUGGAAAUAUUUUGAUACACCAAAAAUGAAGGAACUUUGUGCAGCCCAACAAACACAACUCGAGUACACGAAUCAUUACUACGAUAAAUCUAUGUGGUCGUCCAACAAGAAAAGAAGCGAUGAAGACAAAACACUCAUUGAAAAGAUUCUCUGUUGUCCGAAAUUGAGCAGAGCAGAGAAACAAAUGAUGGCUAGUGAUCUACUGCUGGCCGGAAUAGAUACAACUUCUAAUGCAGCUGCAUUUACUUUGUAUUGUCUCACAUUGAAUCAAGAUGCCCAACAUAAAGUGCGACAAGAAAUAUUCGAAUUGUUGAAGAAACCAGAAAUAACAGGAAGGUUACUGGAAAAUAUGACGUAUAUGAAUGCUGUGAUAAAGGAAACUCAGCGAAUGUUUCCGUUUGUUACGAGUCACAGCAGGAGAGCGUCUGAAGAUAUUAUUUUAUCAGGAUAUCACGUUCCAAAAGGUACAAAUAUACUGAACACAUCUAAUGCCAUACAUGGACGAAACCCAGAAUUCUUCAACGAGCCAGAUAGCUUUAUGCCGGAAAGGUGGAUGGGGCCUAGAACAAGAGAUGCGAAAAAUAGGUUUGUAAUGACCGGUUCAUUCGGCAUGGGAGCAAGAAAGUGUCUGGGAAGGAAAUUUGCACAACAAGAAUUGAAAAUGCUAUUGAUUGCCAUCCUAUCUGAAUUUUGUGUAGAAUACCACCACAAACCUAUCCGUCUCGCUUUUAAGCUUACCAGUUAUCCAUCGGAAAAACCACAAUUUACAUUUAUCCCUCUUACAAAGUGAGAUGUUAUAUAUAAAGCUUUUUUUAUUUUUUCAUCUACGUAAAAUUGUAGUAUUUGAAGUGUUGUUGUUGUGGCUACGUAUAAGCGCAUUACAGUAGUGCAGUGGUUCCCGGACUGUGGAUCGCGACCCUGAACCCAACUAAAUGUACUGUAUAUAAAAUAGUUAUUGAUGUAAAUUUUUUCAAUGUGUAUUUAUUUAUUUCAGUAUAUGUUCUUAAUUAUGUACUUAUUUCCGUAUAAAAUGUAUAUAUUUAAACAGAAUUCUUUUUAAUUGUAAGAAAAUCAUUGCGGUAUUCGUUUAUUAUUUUUUAUUUAUGUGAUUUAUAUCUCUAUUUAAAGCAGUGUUUAGGCAUAUUUUGAUUGUGUUUGUGACGAAUAAUACAGUAACAGUGACAAAUA